AUGGGUGUUCUAAACGAAGGUAGCAUCGAUGAAGGACGUCAGGAUCUUGCUCGGAAUACAACCGUCGCUGACAUUGACGCCAUGGAGCGAAUUAGAACUAUUGGUGAGACAAAGCUGUGUAAUGUAAAUAUUAGAUAUAAGCGGAACUGCCCAGACAUUCGGAGUGAAGAUUUGAUAUUCUUGCGCCACUGGGACACUUGGACGCGCCGAACAAACCUAUACCAAAUCUAUUUAAAGUCCGUUAUUGCUUGCCACCUAUAG